ACCUUGAUUUUGAUUGUCAACUGUCAUCAAAUGUAAGUGCGUUUUAGAUUUGCUUUAUUUCAAUUAUCAUCAUAAAUUAUUAUUCCACAAUGGCCAAAGAGGAGGACUAUGAUGAACUACCAGAUCAAGAUGCAGCAAAAGAAUUUUAUGCCAAAUAUGAACCUAAGGAAAUUCUGGGCAGAGGCAUAUCAUCCACUGUUCGGAGAUGCAUUGAGAAAGAAACUGGUAAAGAAUAUGCAGCUAAAAUCAUUGACUUGAGUCCAAGUGAUGGAGUGCAUGAUGGUUCAGCUCUUGAAGGAACCAAACAAGAAGUCAAUAUUCUGAGACAUGUAGCUGGGCAUCCUUACAUAAUUGAAUUGCAAGAUGUAUUUGAGUCCAGAACAUUCAUAUUCUUGGUAUUUGAAAUAUGCAAACAUGGUGAACUCUUUGAUUAUUUGACAUCUGUGGUGGCUCUAUCUGAAAAGAAAACUAGAUACAUAAUGAGACAGAUAUUGGAAGGAGUGCAGCAUGUUCACUCUAGAGGUGUGGUUCAUAGAGAUCUGAAGCCUGAAAACAUCCUGCUGGAUGAUAAUCUGAAUGUGAAAAUCACUGAUUUUGGAUUUGCCAAAAUUUUAGGAGAAGGAGAACAGUUGCAUGAUUUGUGUGGUACUCCUGGCUACUUGGCACCAGAAACUUUGAAAUGCAACAUGUUGGAGGGUGCACCAGGUUAUUCCUUUGAGGUGGAUAUCUGGGCAUGUGGGGUCAUUAUGUAUACUCUUUUAGUAGGCUGUCCACCUUUUUGGAAUAGGAAACAGAUGAUUAUGCUCAGAAAUAUUAUGGAGGGGAACUAUUCAUUUUCUUCUCCAGAAUGGGCUGAUGUGUCAGAUGCACCCAAAGAUUUGAUUAGAAAACUGUUGGUGGUGGAUCCAAAAAAACGUAUCUCCCUUCAAGGAGCCAUAUCUCAUCCAUUUUUCCAGACUGUGCAACUCUGGGAUCAAGAUAUUGCCCCAUUAAAGCAUUCUCUGAGAAAGAACAGCAGACGUUUCAGUCGUAUUUCUCAAAUGGCACUGAAACUUCAAACUACCACAUUCAAUGCCCGGCACAAAUUCAAGUGGGCAAUUUUAGUGGUGAGGUCCAUGGUGAGACUUCAACGCCUCAAAUUCACUCCUGAACCUCUCAGUCUUGCCACAGCUAGAACAGACCCCUACAGGCUGAAAUUAGUGAGGAAGAUUGUGGAUGGUUGUGCCUUCAGAGUAUAUGGACACUGGGUUAAGAAGGGAGAAGGCCAGAACAGGGCAGCCUUGUUUGAGAAUACUCCAAAGACAGAAUUGAAGCAUAUAUACUUGACAAACCUGAAUCGAUAGUAAUUUCCUAAUUAUUUUUUUUAGAUGAAUAUGAAUUGAACUAUGUGUUGCACUUGGAAUGCCUUGGUUAAAUUUUGUCACUGCUAUAAUAAGGUACAGUUGCCAGAGGCUGCACAAAAUCAAGGUACUUUAGUCUGGAGGUCAAUAAUUGAUUUUGAAUGUGAUAUAAUUUUAAAGUUGGAGAACUUUAAUAUUUUUUGUUGUUGGAUAGAGCUGUUUUAUACUGUCUUUAUUGAUGUAUUUCUUAAACAGUUAUUUUUUUCUUACUAGAAGGUAGGUAUUGCAAAUAAUAAUUCGAAUUAUUUAAUCUU